AUGGCCAAAUCUGGCAUGCUAUGGCGCGACGCGGAGGUGUUUCUCAGAUUUACUUUAUGGCAAGAAGGCCUACUCCGCGACGCGGCCACACCACGGAGUGUUCUGUCCCAAAUUGCUUUUUCGCGAACAAAAAGAUUUUGGCUUCCUGUACUUUGGAAGAGUUGGUCACUGUUUUUUUUUGUGAUUCAGUGCCGUCUUCAUGAGCUGGCAAACAAAAGGAGAAUUUCAGUUACUGGAGCUUCAAAGCUGCUGGCAAACAUUUUAUAUUCUUACCGUGGAAUGGGUUUGUCUGUUGGAACUAUGAUUGCUGGUUGGGAUGAGAAGGGUCCAGGACUAUAUUAUGUCGAUAGUGAGGGAGGACGGCUUAAAGGAAACAGAUUCUCUGUUGGAUCUGGUUCUCCUUAUGCUUAUGGUGUUUUGGAUAAUGGGUACCGAUAUGAUCUGUCUGUGGAAGAAGCAGCUGAGUUGGCUAGACGAGCUAUUUAUCAUGCUACAUUCCGUGAUGGAGCUAGUGGAGGUGUUGCUAGUGUUUAUCAUGUCGGACCAAAUGGAUGGAAGAAGCUAUCAGGAGACGAUGUUGGAGAACUCCACUACCACUACUAUCCCGUUGAAGUGGCAGCCGUGGAGCAGGAAAUGGCUGAAGUGCCAGUGGCCUGAGGAAAAACAAAACCAUCAAAUAUGUUCUCAUCUUCGCUAGUUAAAGAGACAGUUUAGUUUUCUUCUCAGACUGUAUCGUGGUCUUGCAAUCUGUAAACCGUAAAAAAUUACCUACACCCAAUGUUUAAACCAAGCCAAUAGAUGCAAGGCUGUGUGUUUCGUUCACACAUUCAUCACUUAAUUAUGUUUUAGUUGUAUGUACACUUCAAUUUUUAACUGCUAAGCUUAAAUUAUCUAAGUUACAGGGUUUA